GGAAUUUAUCCUCGAUGCUGUCGUAUUCCAGCGCAAUUCUCCUCCAGAGCCAGGUCAUUUCCUGCUUGUUCAAUGUUGAACUCUGACUCAAUGCGAGGAUGGCAUUUAGACUUUGGGCCGAUCGCCGAAACAACCCCGACCCAAGCCAACUUCUUCCCUGCUACAAGAAGAUCCCACCCCUGACCAUGGUCUUUGGUUAAGGAAAAUGCUCACUGGCAGCUUUCUGUGUAGAGCAAAGCUGGAUCGGCGGUGCGAGUGGAUCGCCGAGGAUGGUCGUGGUGGCAGUGCUCUUGUCUAAGCGGGGCAUGCUGUACCCCUCGAUAUCUCACGUUGCAUCUACCAGCCAAACCCACGAAGCAUUGCGGUAUAAUCAAUGUGCGCAGGUGUUGAUGAGUCACUUCCGAGCAGCUGGUUACUAACUUGUCGACUGUCAUGGUAGGCCGGCCGAUUGAAUUGUUGUUGCUGUGCUGACCCGCGCAUGGUGAAGCUGCGUUACUACCUUCGGUCACGAGUGUUGAAGCAAUGGAUGUGCCGUCAACUUCGCCCGAGUCGAACUCCCCAACCACUCAGCAGCAUGCGACGGUAGAGAACCAUCCGCUAGGGACGUGGUCACGUCCCAGACCAGUUACAACAGCUUGUGAGCGUUGUCGGAGACGAAAGAUUCGCUGCGAUGGGAACACACCCUGUGCUACCUGUCAACGGUUCUCCAUGGUUUGUAUUCGCCACCGCAAAGGGGAGGCACAAGCUGCCUUGGAGAAACGGGUACAUGAAUUGGAGACACAGGUCGCUACGCUCAGUUCUAUUUUCUCAAGCAUGCAAAGCGAAUCCGUCACUGAGGAUCUACCAGUGUGGCCGUCGUUCCCGGUUGACCCAAGCCCCACAGAUUCCAUGCCAUCCCCAUCUGGAUGUCAAUCAGUUGAGGCACGCGUGCAUGACGGGGACACGCCGCCUUUCGACGUUCCCCGGAUACAGAUCGUGGAGUGUGCGAAUUCGACACCCAUGCAAACGGCAAUGACGCCAUCCGGAAUUCCGGUGGCAUCGGACUCAGGCACAGCGUGUAUGACUAUAGGUGCUCAGCUGAUGCCGUUGCAGCUGGGCGCCAAUCUCACACCGCCGCUGUCUGCUUCCUCGUCCCCAACAUGGGAGGCGCAGUGUUCUCUCUCUCCUGGAAAUUUUGCGCUGUCCUCCCCUUCGCGAAGGUCAUCUGUAUCGUCGUUGGUACUAGAUACCGACUUCGAUCUUCCAGGUGUUUUCUCAUCACAAGCGGGUGAAUCCCUGACGGAUGUUCAGGGAAUUGGAAUUUCCGCUCCCGCCGAAGAACUAGAGUACUUUACUUUACCCACUCGUGCCGAGGCCGAUAGUCUCUUAGAUUUCAUUUGCGACAAAGCCCCUGGAUUGGGCGUCCCGAUCAGUCGAGAAGCCCUUCAAGCGUGUCUCAAUAUUAUGUGUGAUCACAGCGAGACACUGGCUUCUACCAACUCCUGCUCAGCGUCGAUGGCCCGGUUUCAGGUAUACAUGGCCAUGGCAGCUGCACUGCGGUUGAGGCCGGAUGUAUCAGAUGGGGAAUGCUCACUGCUCGACAACUGCUACCGGCUGGCCUUGGAGCAAAUACAGUCUUCUCUGUUCUGGACGCAACCGCUGGUCAAUGAAGCAGCGUUGUUAAUGGUACUAUUCGCAAGAGCUAGCCAGGAGUCCGUCGGCCUUGAAUGACAGUAAACGCGAAGAAAGAUCAUUGUACAUUUAAAUGAAGACUAUAUUCAUGCCGGUCAAAUUAUGCCCAAAGCGCUUUUUAUUGGGA